UCUGAGGCUGCCCUACUACACCAUGAAACACAGCCUGCUUCGUACUGAUAAAACAGUACAGAGGAUUCGUCUAAUGACUAUUUAUUUGAUCGCCUUGGACCGAGCAUUAAAUGCAAGCAUUUGGAUGUAACGUUAGCUGUAUGCUAUCUAGCACCAGGCGAAUUGUGUUUUCGAGAGCGGUUUGUUGCCCCGUGUGGAUUUGACGUCUGUGUUCUGCUGGACGUUGAGGAAAAAUCAAGUGAAAGAGGUUGCCAUCAUUGUCCUACAAGAUGGAGUGCUUAACCGAACUGGAGAAGUAUAAGAAGUGCGACACCGUAUCAGAGAGCAUACUACUCUGAGUUGGUUUGCCCGAAGUGUUGUAGCUUUCUUCAAGCUGCUCAGCAUCAGCUCUGACUCAAAAUGGAUGCUCUGUUGAAUCAAGAGCUCAGGGAAGAUGUGAAAGAUUGUUCGAUCAAGGUUGAAAACUUCCCGAAGCAAGUCAUAUUCAAAGGCCUUGCACCUAGGGUCAUAUUGACAAACCAUCUCCUGCCUAAAGGAACCAAGGCGAAGGUAAACCUUGAGGAACAGGGUCGACAAAAGGUCUCCUUCAGCUUCGCACAGACAAAGAAACCACGUCAAAAUGUAUUUCUAGCCCCACCAAGUCCGGAGAAAUCGGCAAGUGAACAUUCUUCUGCACUGCAAGCUGGACCUGUACCUACUCCAGAUCUAGCAGGACAGAGUGAUGAAACCAAGAAUGUGGAUACAAAUACUCCAGCAGUUGGGGAGACCCAGACAACACCCACCCCAUUAUCCUUCCCUCUCAAAUCAAAACCUGUUCUUGGAAAGAUGCAUUUUAAGAAACAGAUUCUCAGCGUUACUGUUGUUGAGGAUAACUCCAUUGUCAGCACUGCCUCAGCAGAGAUUUCAGAGCCAGUAGUCCCAUCUGAGUCAGACAAAAUUAGAUCUUCAGCCAAGGUUGAAACUGAAACCUCAUUGCAACAGUCUCACAAGAACUCUGUCAUUGAUAGUUCCUCUGAAAAAGUUCUCAAAGAGGAAAACCCUCAGGAGAAAGUAGACUCAUGCCUUAAAGGUCCUGUUUCUUCCCAUAUUGGGAAGGGAGAUAAGGAUACUUCCAUUAUUUCUGAGCAUGAGGAAAACAGAAAGUCACAACCUCGAUCAGAUUGCACGCUUCCAGGUUCAGAAUCUGAUGGGGAUUCAAUCAAAACAUCAUCUAGCCAGAAGUCUAGUGACCGCAGAAAUAAGAUAAAAUCUGAAUGUCCGAGUAACGAAGCAAAAAGAUCCUCUAAUUCCAAAACUGAGGAGUCAGAAAAAUCCAGGCAUGAUAGGAAAGAAGAUGAAAAGGGGUCAAGUCGUUCAAAAUCUGAGCGCGACUCUAGGCACACAUCGUCAAGAUCUUCUCGUUCUGACAGAGACAGAAGAAGGACCAAAAGUCGGUCACGGUCUAGAUCUCGAGGCUGUCGAACUAGUUCCUAUUCCAGGUCUGAAAGAUCCAGGAGUGAGAGACAGUCAAGGUCAGAUAGGUCACAUUACCAUGAUUCUGAGUGGAGGUUUCAUAGAAGUUCUCCUCAUCGUGAAAGGAGAGGCUCACGUUCACGAACCGAUGGCAGGUCUCGUGACAGCUCUGACUCAGAGGAUGACCACCGGCGGACAAGGACUCGAGGUAGUGACUCAAGUCGAUCCUCCACUUACUCUAGCUCGCAAAAAGACUCAAAAUUAUCCACUCACUCCAGAUCCCACAGGGACUCAAAACCCACAGAUUGUUCUCGAUCAUCCGAGUCAGACAAAAGAACCCAGCAUUCAAAGUCAGAGCGAUCUCAUUUAAAAGCUGGUGACUCUGAAUCCAAUAGAAGGAGCUCUCCUGAUGCAGAAAUGGUUCACAGGAAAUCCAGUGCCCACUCAAAAUCUGAGAUUAAUGCUAAAACCUCAAAUUCUAACCCAGCUACCUCAUCCCGAACAUCUGAGAAAAAGGUUCAUAAAAACAGUUCUGACUCUGAUGAGGAGCACAGAAAAAAACGUCAGUCACAAGGAUCAGACAGGUCAUCUGUGUCUGGGACUUCAUCUUCCAAAAAAACAGACUCAAUGGAUCACAAGACUUUAAAUAAUGUUUCUGAAACAGAGAGACAAUCAAAAGACAGAUCAAGUAAUAACACAAAGCAGUCACAGUUAGCCCUCAGCCCAGUUACUCCUCAGAAGGAAUGCAGCAAAAUUGAUGACAACUCUACUCUGCCUAAAUCUAAAUGCAUUUCUCAACAGAUGCAUGAAGCUACGCACAAAGUUAAUUUGUUCAAAACAAAACAACAAACUGAGCAACAAGCUCCAAACCAAGAACAUAGUAGUUUGGGAAAGUGCACAAAUGUUCCUGAGAGUCACAAGACAACUGAAAGAUUGAAGGAAUCCACUUCCACGACAAGUAGAAGUCUUGAAGUUAGAAGUUCCACUGAUGAACCUGGAAUGAAAAAUGAGAUUCCAAUCCAAAGUAGAGCUCUGGCAGAAGGACCGACUGACUCAUUUUGUGUAGGCCACACUCCCAAUCAGGAUUCAGUAGGAUCACUGGCAGACCCUCUUUCUGUGAAAGAAUUACCACCUGGAGGAUGCUUGAAAUUUAACACUAAAUUAGAUGGGCCAUCGCACAUCACACCGAGUGCUCAACUCUGUGAAAAGGAUUCUGAGCAGCAUUAUGUGAAUCCUGAACAACCCAGUAGUGGGAUUUUGAAAAUGGAUGGUAGUGCUAAAAAAUCCAGAUGGGACAUUGUUGGUCAAGUCACUUCAGAAUAUCAAAUAGUGAAUCCAGAUGUGGAAAAGGUCAUUUCGGUAAAAAGAAUAGAGUUGAACAAUGAUACUACCCCUGAAGAAUCUUGUACACAGAAACAGGACUCUGAAGUACCAUCUAAAAAAUCUGUAGAAGAACAAAUACAAGACACAACCUCAGCUGAAUCUCAUCAGAAAGUAAGUUCUUAUGCGUCUGACCUUGAAACCCAACAUACUCAUGGUGAACUUAUAAAACAGAUCGUUGAAGAUCCUCAAUCAACAAGUGCCCCUGUUGUUAGUGAUCUUCCCCUUAAUUGCAGUUCUGGCAGUAAAGAGAAAAUCAAUGUAGACAAACCUAAGCCUGAAACUCAAGACCCCGAUUCCUUAAACCACGAUGGUAAAUGCCACAGUGAUGACAGUGAGAGUGAAGAAUCAGACUCGGAUUCAGAUGAUGGGCGUGUUUCUUUAAAGCGGUUGCACUCGGUGGUGGUUGUGCCAAAAAAUUCAACCAUUGCUCUUGAGACAAAUGACUUGACUGAACCGUCUCCCGGGUGCUUAGUGUUUUCUGGACAGCAACAGACUGAUACACAUGAAAGCAUUAAUAGAGAAUUUGCUUAUGGCUUUAGCAAUCAGUCAAAGCUUGAGGAAUCAUCAGCUGCACUUUUUAAGGCCAGUGCACAAGCUGCAAUGCUAAAUCCAGAUAUUAAACGUGUCUCCUACCAAUCGCAGAGCAACAUGGUUGACAGCACCAGCCAUUCGGAGGCUACCAUUGCACAUGUGUACAAGAACUGGAGUGCCCAAGUAAGACCAAAUAGUGUCCAGAUAAACCAAGCAUCACUUCAGAGUUUUGAAAAGACUUUGCGACCUGAAUCGGAUCACCAUCAAAACCAUGAUAGACCAGAUAGCUGGAAUGGUAGGAAAGGAGGAAAGCAGCACUAUGGGGAAUCCACUGACUUCCACACUGGGAAGGGUUAUGGUUUAGCCUGGGACUUUAACCAGUCAGAACAGCCCAGCAGCACAUUUCAGCAACCGGACAGCAGUCAUGGCACUGAACACCCGCCUCAACCAGGAAUUGCUCUGUUUGAUAGCGGUCACAGACAAGGUCCAUGGACUCAGCCUCCCAUCUCUAAAACCAACAGACCAGUAAACGCGCAUGUGCCUUUUCAGUAUCAUGAUUCAGUUAACCAGAUCCAUCCAGACUCUUUGACCAAUGAUCACGAUGAAGACAGGGUAGUAGGGAUCAAACAAGGAUCUGUCCUGUCUGCUGAUCUUCCAGGAUCAUCCCCAUUUGUUCAAGCCCAUGAGAUAAGCAGCAAUUGCAGCUUUACCACAGAAAGUCAGAACAUCUCGGAAGCCCCUAGAGAAGACAACCAAAAGCCUCAUCGAGGAAGGGGUCCACCUAAGAAGAGACGUCAAGAGUUUGAAUCUGAAUCGGAUAAUGAGGCAGAGGCUGGUCUGAGCAGUAAAAGGGAGUGUUUGGAUGAGAGCUCAAGGGUUGUGAAAGAUGGUAAGGAAUCUUUUCACCAAAUUCAAGAGGUGGUGCGCCCACUGCUCAGACUGAAAAACUUUGUGGAUCCAGCUGUUUGGAGGGAAAAGGCAAAGCAGAAAAAAAUGCCACCCUACUUCGACCUCAUUGAAGAUAAUGUAUAUCUGACUGAACGCAAGAAGAAUAAGUCCCAUCGUGACAUCAAGCAUAUGCAGUGUGAGUGUGCUAUCCUCUCAAGGGAAGAGCGUGCCCAAGGAAUGAUGGCUUGUGGGGAGGAUUGCCUCAAUCGCUUGCUGAUGAUUGAGUGCUCUUCUCGGUGUUUAAAUGGGGCAUACUGCUCCAACAGGCGCUUUCAAAUGAAGCAGCAUGCAGACUUUGAGGUAAUUUUGACUGAGACCAAAGGCUGGGGCCUACGAGCAGCCAAAGACCUACAGCCGAACACCUUUGUUUUAGAGUACUGUGGAGAAGUUUUGGAUCAUCGGGAAUUUAAGGCACGGGUGAAGGAGUAUGCACGAAACAAGAACAUUCACUAUUAUUUCAUGGCUUUGAAAAAUAAUGAGAUUAUUGAUGCGACUUUGAAAGGAAACUGUUCCCGUUUCAUGAAUCACAGCUGUGAACCCAAUUGUGAAACUCAGAAAUGGACUGUAAAUGGCCAGCUUCGAGUUGGCUUCUUCACCACCAAAGCUGUGACGGCUGGGGCAGAACUCACUUUUGAUUAUCAGUUCCAAAGAUAUGGUAAAGAGGCCCAGAAGUGUUUUUGUGGAGCUCCUAGCUGUCGAGGUUUAAUAGGUGGAGAGACUCGGGUUAGUGUCCGAGCAGCAGGUGGGAAGAAACAGAGGGACCGCUCACGGAAGAAAGACACUGACAGUGCACUUACCACGUUGGAUGAAGAGCUGGAGGCUCUGCAGGAGAAUGGAGAAGGCUUGUGCGGAGAGAAAGAUGUGAUCUCACUCUGCAGGCUCAUGGUGCGAGUGGAGACAAUGGAGCAGCGACUCACCUGCCUUAAACUCAUUCAGAAUACCCAGAAUCCCUUGUGCCUGAAGCAGUUUUUGGAUCACCAUGGCCUCUCGCUGCUGUGGAUAUUUAUGGUUGAACUUUCUGAGGCUAAGAGCAACUCUGUAAACAACAUUAAACUACAGCUGGAGAUAAUGAAGGCUCUGGCAGUGCUUCCCAUCUCAACGAAGAAUAUGCUGGAGGAAAGCCUAGUGCUGCAGUUUAUCCAGCGCUGGGCUCAAAGCCGGCCACUCAGCCAACCAGCAGAACAGGAUGGCUACUCCAGUGAGAGCACCUCACGUGCCCAAACGCCCCUCAACACCCCUGAUGGUCCACCAGCCAAGCUGGCUUCUGAGCUGGAUGGGGACACUCCCAAGCGAGCAGUCUACCGUAGGUUGAAGAUCAUCAGUGAAAACAGUCUGGACAGUGCCAUGUCCGAUGCUAGUAAAGCUUCGGAUGGGAAAGAAGAGGAGGAUGAGGAAGAGGAAGAGAUGGAGGAUGAGACUUCACAGUUGGAAGCCACAAUUGAAAGGGAGGUUAAAGUAGAAAACAGUGAAGCGCCUUCUGAGAGUCAAGCUGAGCUUGAGCCCGAAUUGAAACAGGAGCCCCCUGAAACCGAAGAAGUCACACAUUCAACACCAGAGGCCACUGGCAGUGAGGGAGAGACACUUGAAACACAAGAACCUGAAGAAAAACCCAUCGUUAAGCCUGAAGAACAACUGGAGGAUGAAAAGAUCAUUGAGGAGACCAAGAGUGAGGAGCCAUCAGAGUCCCAGAUGGAGUCAACAACAGUUGAAGAUGCCCCUUCAGUCACGGACACCACAUCUGCAGCGGACAUUAGUAAUGAUGUAGUUGCUGAAGUGGAAACUCCCAUGGCUGAGACACAGGUGGAAAACGCAUCUUCUGAACAAUGCAGCUCCGAAGGGAAUGAAAGUUGCAGCACUGCAGAAAUCACACCCACACAACCAUCGGAAACUAUAAUGGAGAGUGUAUCCUCUGAAUCUACAGCUGUUGCCAUAGAGAGCGCACCCACAGAAUCUCCGUCUGCCUCUGUGGAAACCACUCCACCUGAAUCUGCUGCUGUUUCUACUGAAAACGUAUCAUCAGAGGCUGUCGUAGCUGCUGGUUCUGCUGAUGCGACGGCCCUGGCUAUUGUUGCUGUUCCAGCAGAGGGUGCUGCAGUGGGGACGCCCUCUCAAGAUGAGGAGGAAGGUGUCUCUGAUGUGGAGAGCGAGCGCAGUCAGGAGCCACAAGUUCAGGCUUCUGAUAUCAGUGACAUGGCUGCCCGGCUGCUGGACAGUUGGAAAGACUUAAAGGAAGUUUACAGGAUACCAAAGAAGAGCCAGGUUGAAAAAGAGUCAAGUGAUCGCAGUCGUGAUCGAGAAGCCCUGAUGACCCCUCGCACACCUUCGAGCAGUCGAGAGAGAGAGCGAGAAAGAGAUAAGGAGCGCGAUCGGGAUCGAGACCGGGACAGAGACCGGGAGCGUGAGCGGGACCGGGAGAGGGAUGGAGAGAGAUCGUCUCUUCGCAGUGCAGAUAGAAAAAGACGACGAGGCUCCACCUCCCCUCUACCGCCUUCAGCCUAUGAGAGGGGCCGCAGAAAUGAUGACCGUUAUGAGCAGUCCAGCAGCAAGAAGAAACUCCACACCAAAGAGUCUCGUAACAAGCUGUCUACUGAGGAACGACGAAAGCUCUUUGAGCAGGAAGUGGCUCAGCGGGAGGCUCAGAAACAACAACAACAACAACAGCAGCAGCAAUUACAGACUCUUGCAUUUAACCCACUGGCCUACACCUCCAGUCCAAACUUCAUGGCCUACCCGCCUGGAUACCCUAUCCAGGCCUACGUGGAUCCCACCAAUCCCAAUGCAGGAAAAGUGCUUUUGCCCACACCUGCUGUAGAGCCUCUUUGUGUCACCCCAGCUCCUGGUACAUUCGAACAAACACCAACUCAGCCUAUCGUAUCAGAGCUCAAUCUAGCUUCACCCUCUUCCACCACCACCCAGGCCGGACCUGCCUCCAGCUUGGCACAUAUCCCUCUGGAGCUUUCCUCUGGCACACAGACUCAGCAGUUUGUCCAGCCUGCUAUGCCGGCACAGGACCCGAACAUGGCCAUCCUGUCGGUGCCUACGCAAAUAGCCAGCCCACAGAUCCAGGGUCAGCAGGGUUACACCACACUCUGGGACCCCAACACACAGCAAGCGGUAACGGUACAGACGCAGCCAACCCAGCAGUACUCCACCACGGCACAGCCUCAGACUGCCAUCUACUAUCAGGGCCAGCCCUGCCAGACCAUCUAUAGCAUUCCUGCAGGCUACCCACAAACCAACACUCCUGUCAUACAGACAUACACUGAGCCAGCUGCCAGUUACCUACAUGGGCAGCAGGUGUACACGGGUCAUCAGCAGGGUGUGGUUGUGCAGCAGGGCGGCACGGUCACCACCAUUGUCACAUCUCAGACAGUUCAACAGUUUGUCCUCUUUGCACAGUUCUCUACAAAGACCGCCGAGGCAGACACGUCCAGUGAGCUGGCCAAAAAAAGCAAAGAAGUCUUCCGCAAGGAGAUGUCACAGUUUAUUGUGCAAUGCCUUAAUCCGUACCGCAAGCCAGACUGCAUGCUGGGCCGCAUCAGUAACACAGAAGACUUCAAACAUCUCGCUAGAAAGCUGACUCAUGGGGUGAUGAACAAGGAACUGAAGUCUUGCAAGAACCCCGAAGACCUUGAAUGCAAUGAGAACGUCAAACACAAGACCAAGGAGUACAUCAAGAAGUACAUGCAGAAGUUUGGCGCUGUGUACCGGCCCAAGGAAGACAUAGAGCUGGACUAACUAGCAAACCCAGGAACCUCCUGGCAGCUCUUUCCAACCGAACACCUCUGGCCUGAACAGUUUUGGUGUGUCAGAACAGGGCAGCUCAAGCUCGAGUCCUGUUGUUUUGUUCCACUGACCUUCUAACCAUGUCCUAAAUGCUGCUCUGGGAGGGGGGCGUUGACUGAGCUGUCCCGCACAGGGGACGCUUUUAUGAUGAGAUAAACUGCUGCGGUAUGAAGUGCGGAGGACGCAAACCAAGGGUGCUACUCAGACUCUUUCCAAUUAUCUCUAAAGCAAGUCUCAUCACUUGGGAGAAGAGGAUCAUCUUAAACUCUGUUCUAGAUGGGGGGGGGGCGGGGCGGGGGGGGUGAAGAAUAAGUGGACCAUUAAAAUCCUUUUCCCUUGUCACCCCACUCCAUUACUGUAGUUGUUACCAAGGGCUUUUGUUAGCUUGCCUGCUCUGCUAAAGGUCCAAUCCCUCACUGAUAGUAGUCGAGAAAGAAUGAAGGAGAAAGACAGAUGCUAAGGAUUAUAUAUCAGAUAAAAUACCCCACAGAACAUAGGUCGCCCAUCUCAGCAUUGUUUUUAUGGAUUUUAGACUUUCAAAUAGAAGUGUGCAGGUCUGUGAUCUAACCCCAUUUGCCCUAGUCUGGUUUCUCCUCUCGACUGGGUGGAAGGCUAUGUAGCAAUGAUAUUUUAUCAAGGUCUUUCACACUGUUUUUACAUUAACAUUUUUUAUUCAUGUCACAAAGGCAAAUGUGAAGCCCUCCAGGCAGUUUGUAGCUUUUUUUUUUUUUGUGGCCGUCACGUAAGGAUUAAUCAGGUUUACUAUCCCAUAAACUCUGGCCAUUAAUCAACUCACCCCACCUUAUUGACCUGCAUUAAAUCUCUUUCCAAACAUGUAUUAUAUUGCUUUAUAUGUGAAUAUAUUGAGAGUUAGUUUUUGAGACCAUUAGCAGAGACUUUGUAAAAUGACUGUGGGGGUCCACAAUGUCUUGUGUAAAUAUGUCUAAUUAUGCCAGACUGGUAAAACGGGAUUGGAAGGAUACGACUAGAUCAGAGUCCUCCGUCCCGUCGGCGUGAUUUCGGUGUUCCUACAUCAGGCAGAAUUCCGCACUCUCCCACGGCUCCGUAUGUUGGGUUGGGUUUUAAAGGUGGGGGUGUCGUUUCCUUUGCUCUCUCUGUGGAAAGACUUUGGGUCUUUUUUUUAUGUACAAAUAGGAGUCUCGCCCCACUCCACUGUAAGUA